AUGAGCCAAGAGGUCCGUGAUCGGAAGGUUGGUGGGGAGGAUCUGCCCUUGAAUUACAAGAAGGUGCCCAUGAUCGACCUGCCCCUCGGAGCCACAGAGGACCGCGUCUGCGGCACUAUUGACAUCGAGAAGGCUCUCACUCAGGGCAAGAAGGCCUUUGAGCCGGGCCUUCUGGCGAAAGCCAACCGCGGCAUCCUCUACGUGGAUGAGGUGAACCUGCUGGACGAUCACCUCGUUGAUGUGCUGCUGGACAGUGCUGCUGGCGGCUGGAAUACAGUGGAGCGUGAGGGCAUCAGUAUCCGCCACCCCGCCAAGUUCAUCCUCGUUGGCAGUGGAAACCCUGAGGAAGGUGAACUCCGACCACAGCUGCUCGACCGCUUCGGCAUGCACGCGCUGAUCCGGACGGAGCGGGAUCCCGAGCUCCGCGUGAAGAUUGUGGAAAGCACCCGCGAGUUCGCUGACGAUCCUGUGGGAUUCAGAGAGAAGUUUACCGGUGACAACAGCGAGUUUGCCACCUCCAUCCUGGAGGCGCAGUCACGUCUCAAGGAGGUGAAGACACCUCCGGAGCUCGCCCGCAAGAUCUCUGAGGUCUGCAGUGAGCUCAACAUCGAUGGACUUCGAGGGGACAUCGUUACGAACCGUGCUGCCCGGGCCUAUUGCUCUUUCGACGGACGAACAGAGGUGACUUCGGAUGACGUGGGCAAG